AUGAAGACAAUAAAUAGCACAAUAUCAUUUUCAUGUGUUUAUUUUAGUUUAAUGGAAAUUCAUCAGAUCAGCUGGUCAUACAAGAAGGGCUUCUACAAAAUGAAUAAAGAAUUCAAGAGUUUCUAUGGUGAUAGAGUGAUAAUCCAUAAUAUUGUGUAUACUUUGACGCUGAUUCGCUUGGGUGAUGGUUGCAAUGACUGUUGUCUUCUGUGUUUUUGUAAUGGUUGCGUGGCAUGUCAGCUACAUCAAGAAGCACAGGAAAUUGGUAUUAUCCAAAGGAAAACAUGUUCAGGGUCCUGUAAUCAAUGUUGCGUAUGCUACAAAUAA